AUGUCUACUCAGCUCAAUAAUGUUGAAGAAGUCGAAGAGGCUCUCAAAGCUCACGAUGGUUCCUUUGUUCACAUAAAUUUCAUUAAUGAAGGUGAUAUUGAUUCAAGGGAACAAAAUGAAUAUUUUGAAGAAAUAGCUUCUAAGGCCAAAUCCAAGAAUAUCGAAGAAGCUUUUUAUAGAGUAUCUCUUGAUGAUAAUCCACAAAUUAAAGAUCAAUUAAUGGUAUGUCCUUAUGAAAAUUAUAAUUCAAAUGAUUCAUUUAUCUCUGUAUUCCAUGAGAUGAACUUGAUGGGUUUUGCUAAAACAGAUGAUAAAAAUGAAGUUGAAGAAUUAUAUAAAGGUUUGAGUGAAGUAUUAGCCGAAGAUGAUUGA